AUGUCUACAAGUGCCACCGGCCCCUCGGGUAGCGAUAAACCCGAUGUCGCAGCCACGGACCAGCAUGUGAAAGCGCCCGCGCCCGCGCCCGCGCCGGCUCUGGAUGAUGCGCCCGACCCGGAUGAGGACGACCUCGAUGACUUGGAUGAUAUGCUCGACGAGUUCUCUGCAGUGAAGAUAGAUCCCAAGAAAGCAGCGACAGCACCAGCAGCGGCACCGGCACCGGCACCGGCACCAGCAUCGGCGACGCCAGAAGCGAAAGCCGCGGCAUCCUCAGACGCAGCCAAGAAAGGCCCUACGAUACCCACGUUAACGACCGACGUGCCCGUGAUCGACCCGGAUGACUUCUCCGAGGAAGAGUUCCAGCGGCAGUUGCAGGCGGGCAUGGCAGAGCUGAUGGGGGAUUUGGAUAAGAACCCGGAUAUGCAAGCGCAGUUCGAGUCGAUAUUCAAGGAGCUCGGCGCCGCUGCUGCGCUGGGCUCCGAGGCAGCACCCGAUCCCUCAGCCUCGUCCUCGACCGCCAAGCCCAACACCAGGUCGGCCGAGCAGGUUGCCGCGGACCUGAGCGCCAACGCCUCGUUCCAGGAGACGAUCAAGCGCACCAUGGCGCGGAUGCAGGAGUCGGGCGACCAGGCGACGGCGGCCGCGGCGGCCGAGGGCUCGGAGGACGACUUCCUGGCCGAGAUGAUGAAGGCGAUGAAGGACAUGCCGGGGGCGGCGGACGGGUCGGAGGAGGACUUCUCCAAGAUGCUGAUGGGCAUGAUGGAGCAGCUGACCAACAAGGAGAUCCUGUACGAGCCGAUGCGCGAGCUGAACGACAAGUUCCCCGGCUGGUUCGAGAAGAACGGCGAGGGCCUGAAGAAGGAGGACCGCGACCGGUACGAGGAGCAGAGGCGGCUCGUCAGCGAGAUGGUGGCCAAGUUCGAAGAGCCCACGUACAGGGACGAGAACGUGGCGGACCGCGAGUACAUCGUGGACCGGAUGCAGAAGAUGCAAGCAGCAGGCUCGCCGCCGCCGGACUUGGUCGGCGACAUGCCUUCGGCGAAAGAGGUUCUGGACGGGCCGGAUGACAACUGCGCGCCGCAAUGA